AUGCAUAGAAAUGCCAUGGACGAUUUGAUAGAGAGGCAUAUUCGACACAGCCUGCCGGACGGGUCAAUGAGCGACUAUCGAGACGAGUUUGUAGCCUCGUAUCUGAAAAAAUCGGAACAGAAGCAUCUUUCCUCGCCGAUUACCUCCAAAAAUGAUCUUUUGGACUUUCAGGAUGCGACUUUAGAUCAAGCUUUUUCGCGCAUUGACAGGCCUGCUCCGAAUAAUGCUGACUAUGGGAUCAUUGUUGAACUUGCAGAAACAAAGCGGAUUCUCCUGCAGUUGGAGAGACAAAAGGAUGAAUAUUUCGCAAGAAUGAACGACGAAGUAUCGAAGAACGCUCAAUUGUUGAAGCAGAAUCAAAUCUUGCAGACUCAGCUCGAGGAGGCACGAAGAAUAGCCGAGGAGCCCAAAUAUGACUUACAAAGAGAAAUGUCCCACGUCAGCUUGCUAGAUGAGUAUCGGAAGGAUCUAGAGAGAAGCCAAGAAAAAGCGGCCUCGCUUGAAUUAGAUAAAUUGCGAUUGAGUGAGGAGAUUUCUCGCUUGAACAGAGAGAGGGAAGAGAGAGCCUACAUUUCCGAGAAAGAGCUUUCUGAAAGAAAUCAGAGAGAAACAGAAUUCACGGAACUCGCACGUAGACUCCGCGAGAAGUUAGCAAAGUAUAAAGGACUCUACGAUGAGAAGGUGAAGCUGUGUUCGUGUGGAGUCGUAAGAGAUUAUCAAACACGGCCUGAGAGCAGACAUGGUAGUAGCACUCUCCCGGAAAAACCAGAAAGUUUGAAGGUUUUCCCGGAAGAACCGGAGUGUGUAAAGGAAGAACCAGUUUCCCUGACGCCGUUGACUUGUGACACUUCAAGUCGUCAACCUCUUAGACCAGUCAACACCACUCUUCGAGCGGAGGAGCCUAAGAAACUGGCGGUCUGCGGGAGUUGUUCCAGAGCACUGACAAAGGCGACCGAAAAGCCGGUUUCUCUGUUCAGAUGGCCCACGAGCACGGCUCACACAAAUCCAGAGGAGCUGGCUUCUCUAGGAAAUACCAGUGGCCAGUGA